AUGAAGCCAACGCCUCCGAGAAUCGGUGACUCGAAACAAAAAAGAAAAUCAUUUCUUUCAAGAAGAGCUGCCCGCAGAGGUCAAGCUCAUGCCCAACAAGCGCUUCCGCCUGACCCGAAAAGAAGUGGAAAGCAUCGCCUCCGAGCUCAAACAAGAAAUCCAGGAACAGGCAAAUCAGCUUUAAAACGAAUAAACGCCAUUUCCCUUCAUUUGCUGCCUGGGGGCCCCACGCUUCAGGUGGCCAGAGUGCAGCAGCAGUUCGCGCCCAGCCGCCAGGGGCCCCCGGGGCCCCUGUACCCUCUCGGGGCCCCCACGGGGGCCCCCGGGGCCCCUGCUGCG